GGACGUUUCUGUCAAUCGCUUCCGGUUUUUCCGAGAAUAUGCAUGACGUCCGUAGCAAGGCGACACCCCACGGCGGUGUGAGCGUUAAUACUGCAUACUGGCGUGAGGUAGUUUUGCAAUAUAUUUAACAGAACACAACAUCGUUCGUCUCAGUGAGCAGUGACAAGAAAGAAAAUCAGUGCAAGGAUCAUAGCUGGAAAAGCAAGAUGGAGGGUCACGGUGAAAGUCCAGCCGAACUUCCAGUCAAGCAAGAAACUCAAGUAAGGGGUCCUCCUGGUCAACCGGUAAUAGCUCCCGGCCAGCCAAUCAUGGCACCCACCCCUGGACAGCCAAUUAUGUACCAGAUGCCACCCGGACAACAACCGGUUUUUGUCCAGGUGCCUGCCGGUCAGCCAGCCACAACGCCAGAUGGGCAACCCAUUCAGUAUUAUUAUGUUCAGCAACCAGUUCAGCCAGGUCAACCAGCACAACCGGUUCAACCGCCUUAUUUCCAAAGCCAACCUGGUCAACCUGUAUCUUCUCAGCCACAAGCUAAACAGGGUCUAGACCUUACGAUCGAUACCAAUUACCUCAAGUCCCCUCUCUGCUUCAUUAAGAUAGCGGAAUUUGUUGUUCUCCUGGGGGCCUGGGCAAGUAUCGUGAAAUACUCUGAGGAUCUUACCUAUCCAGAUGCAGACGACAAAGUUAACUUUUUUAAGGGCAUUACCAUUUUCUGCUGGGUGAUGGUGAUUAUUUACAUGAUCAUUCAUAUUUUCCGCGCUCCCAAACAUUGCAGUUGUGGUCCAGAAUCUAGGUUUACAAUGACGUCCCUGAUCUUUUAUUUUAUCAUGUUUGCGCUGUUGCUCGCCUGUACUGGAAACUUGGUCUCCAGGGCUGUUGAAUUCGGAAAAGUCCUGAAAACCAGUCCUAAAAUAUAUAGGCCGUUUGUUACUUCCCUUGGUGCUGCCCUGGCCUUUGGAUUUUUGUCAUGUAUAGCGUUUGCUGUGGAUAUGGUAUUACAGUACAAGUUGUUUCAGACUCAGCGAGCUCAAGAGACACCAACCGAACAAGCGCAGGAAUCUCCCCAAAGACAGGUCUGGGAUAUCAACAAGGAGUAUUUACAGUCGCCAUACUUUUACGUCAAAUUGGCGGAAAUGUCUCUGCUCUUCGCGGCAUGGGUGUGCGUCCUGACAUUCUUUGACAUGGAUUUUUUCAAAAACGUAAAUACGACUUACGAGGAACCUCAAGCAGAAUUCUUUAGAGGAAUCACGAUCUUUUCCUGGGUGAUGACUGCUCUUGUGACGUUGACAUUUGUGAUGAGUUUCGACAAGCUUUGUGCUCGGUCUUCACGCUGGACAUUGACGGCUUUGAUCAUUGGAUUUUUCUUGUUUUCGUUGUUAAUCGCUUGCUGUGGGAAUCUUACUCCUCGGGUUGUCGAUUUGGGGAAGGUCUACAAAAAUUUGCUCAAAAAGGACAAGUCCAGUGUGCUAGCUCUGUUAGUAGGACUGGGGUUUGGAUUCUUAUCAUGUGUGGCAUUUGGCGUGGAUAUGGUGUUACACUACAAGCUGUUUCAGACGCAACGCGCUCUGGAAACACCAACUGAGCAGGCGCAGGGACCUCAUGAAAGACGAGCUUGGGAUAUUAACAAAGACUUCUUGAAUGCUGCGACGUUCAAAGUGAAAUUAGCGGAAAUUAUGUUACUGUUUGCAGCAUGGGUGUCCAUUGUUGUAUACUUUGACAUGGGUAGUUUCAAGACAACGACACCAGCUGAGGAUUCAAACGCCGAUUUCUUUAAGGGAGUCACUAUCUUUUCCUGGGUGAUGGCUGUUCUCUCCAUUUUGACAUUUACAUUGAGUUUUGAUAAGCUAUGUGGUCUCUCGUCCCGAUGGACAUUGAUGACUUUGUGCGUUUACUUCCUUGUGGUCAUUUUGUUAAUCGCUUGCAGUGGAAACCUGACUAAAGAUUUCAUCGAAUCGGCAAAGACUUUUAAACAUGUGAGCACGAAGUACAGGAGUAAUAUAGUAGCUCUGAUGAUAGCAGUGCCCCUGGGGUACAUCUCGUCGAUAAUUGUUUUUGUGGAUAUCAUCCUCAUGUUCAAGCUGUAUCAGCACCAAAGAGCACAGGAGACUGGCCCCUUGGAACAGUCGGGUGUCGUUCAACAUCCUGCUGUUGUGAUCGUCCCGCAAGGCACCAAACAGGUACCUUAUCAACCGGCUGCAUAUCCGGGACAACAGCCCGUUCAAUAUCCGGGACAACAGCCCGUUCAAUAUCCGGGACAACAGCCUGUUCAAUAUCCGGGACAACAGCCUGUUCAAUAUCCGGGGCAACAGCCCGUUCAAUAUCCGGGGCAACACCCUGUCAUGGCAGGAGUUCCUGCACCAGCCUACAAUUUCCAAGCGCAAAGUGGAUAAAAUCUGAAAUGAAAUAGAACAAUUUGUAUUUGCACGGAGCAAUUUUUCACAGUUGAGAUAUAAACUAAGGUAACAUAUUUUCGCGCAGUGAUAAGACGGUAGUCGCUUAUAGUUAAGUUUUAUAUCGCUGUCUGGUUUGCUGAUGUUGUAACACAACUCAAGAUGAUAUGCUGUGUAGAGAAAGUUUAAACAAUUUUAUUUUACAGCGAAGGUAAAGCGUGUGUGUUUGGGAUUUCACUUGGCCAGUAUGGUCAGAGAAAAAGUAGAGCAAAAACGUUAACCAGAAUAUGAAGUAGCUAAUUAACAAUGUCUGCUUGCUCUCAUAGGGAAUACUAAUGUUCGGCAGUAUAUUGAGCUACAACUAUGUUAGUUAAAAACUAUAAACAUGCAUUAUGCAUUUAAACAGAGUAUCAAAUACAACGAAUAUAUCGAUGGUAAUUCAAGUUUGUUUCAUCUCUGUGUAUUCUACGAUAUCACCGUCAAUAAAUGAUCGAAGAUCUGAGUUUAUA